UGUGAAAAUGUAGAAGCUGUGAGUUUUUAAAGUUGAAGUUUCAUCGCGAUGGUGUAAUUCGACUGCAGUGUGUGCCACCAUGCCUGAGAUAAUACAGAAUCAGCCUUCUACUCAGAAACCAGCACGAAGAAAAAAGAACAAGGAGACACACAAUGCAGUGGAAAGGCACCGCAAAGAGAAAAUCAAUGCUGGUAUCCAACGGAUUGGAGACCUCUUACCCUGCUCUCAGGCUUUAAAACAGAGCAAGAACAUGAUUCUGGGAGAAGCUUUUAAUUAUAUCUCUAAACUGAAGCAACAAAACGAUGAAAUGCUGCUCAGUGGAGCAGAUAAAGUACAAGCGGAAGAGAUAAAACGCUUACGCCAGCAGGUGGAAGACUUAAGAAAGGAAAGUGGGCAUUACAUCGACCUCCUGAAAGCGAAUGGCAUCAACUUUCUGGACGACCCUACAAUCCACUGGAAAGGCAAGCAGCGCUGCGCAAAAGUGGCCAAAAUAACACCAACUCAUCUGACGUCAAAGGGAAUAAUCGUCUACUCCAGUGAGAAUUCGGCUUCUUCCACGAGCAAAGUCGCCAUUCCUCCGGAUUCGGUUUCUCACCAGGAUAAGCAAAUAGGUGCGGGUCAAACGCUCAACGAAAUAACGGUCGUCUCCAGUACGUCUUCACAGAUCCCCCUAGCGACCCUGGUUCCUGCUGUGUCCAAGCCUUGCGUCGCAGUGGUGGAGCAGUACACCGCCAUGGCACCAGUCGCUCCAAAAUUGCCUCCUCCAGUGAAUUAUAUCACACUUCAAGGCUUAUGUCCUAAAAUAGCCGUGACUGCUCCUGUCCCUCAUCAAACCCAACCAGCAAAGCCUACGCAGAGUCUCAUGUCUUCCACCGGUUGCCCAGUGUCUCUCCGACUUCAGCACGUGCUCAGUUUAACCUCAUCGCCUCAGACCGUGGUCAGUAAUGCUCCUUUAGCGUUGCCACAGAAUUCUGAAAACGUAUCCCUUGCUCAAGCACUACCAACCAGUGUCACCCAUCUCAGAACCAGUGCAGCCAGCAGCACACAGACCACUUGGUCAACACUACAGGUCACUGGUAACACAGUGCAGCCAGUCUGUCAAUCUCUGGCCAUUGAAGCCAGUAGCACUGGGCACAAUAUUCCACAACUGUCAGUAUGUCCUGUUGUGUCCAAGCCUUUCCAAGAUCAAACCCCAGUUCCUGUGCAACUGCAAACCCCCCAACCAACACACAUCCCACAGCUGUACCCACCUUCAGGUGAUCUUCAGACAGCCAUGGUUACUAAGACAUCACUUCUACCACAGACAACUUUGGUAACCAAACCUGUGGUCCUUCAUCAGGCGUCCGUCGUAUCCCAGACAGCGUUACUGACCCAGCCACAAAAAACCAUAGCUCAACCUACUAUACUACCGAAACCUGUUCCAUCAUCUACCCAGUCCCACACUUACCCAGCCAUACAACCUAAGCCUCAACUCCAUCAUGCCAUCCCACCUCAGCCUGAAGUACCACCCGCUAUACCUUUCCAGCCUCAACCCCAACCAGCCGUUGGAAUGCCCCAGGCCCAGUCUGCUACGGUGCCUCCGUUUCAGCACGCCGUUGUGCCCCAGUCGCAAGCUGCCACACUGCCAGUCCUCCAGACAAUGCAGGUUCUCCAGGUGAACUCCGAUGGUACACCGAUAAUUGCUGCACCCCCACCUCAGAGCAAUCCGAACGUUGUUAUUCUGCAGCAGGCCAAUCCAUGUCCAGCUCCACAAGUCAUUAGAGAGGAUUUGACCAAUCAGGCGGCGUGCCAGCACAUUGUUAUAAUUCAGACGCCAACGAUGACGCCAGCUCCGCAGAAUCAUCAAACCAAUGUCGUUCCGACCGCGGUCCCUACUUUGGCUAGUCAGAUAACCAACUCCAGCAACGCCUGCACAACUGCUGUACAAGCAAACGUGGCAAAACAGCUGGUUCACAUCCUCCCCCGACCCUUAACACAGGUUCAGACUCAAACUCCCCAAACUAUCACUGUAAACGGGAAGGUUUAUGUUUUACAAUCAGCCAAGUCUGUAGAAAAGGGAAACUCUCAGGUUACCCAAAGUGCUACUCAAAUUAUUCAACCCAGCAGUGAGGAACCCAACACUAAUGUUGCAUUGAACUGUCUGGGUGCCCUCACUAGCCUUAGCCAGGGCAUUUCACAGGUCUCGAAAGAAAGCAACGCGCAACCACUCAACAUCCCAGCAUCUUCGGACACUACAGUGCAACCUUCUACGUCUAAAAUGGUCUUAGCUGUCGGUACAUCUGCCGAGCCUGUUGCCACCACUGCUACGCCUGUGUCAUCGGAAUCGUUAAGUCGUACCGUUAACGUCGUGCCAAAAACGACAAACCAGCCCAAGCAAGCUUCAGGUAAAAGGGUCAGACCGGUCCGAAGAAAGUCACAGACGAUGGAUCAGAAGAGGAGCAAGAGCAAAAAAUUUUCAAAACCAGUCAGUAGUUGUGUGUCUGGGGAAACUGCUAAACAAGGACACGUAUUUACUAACACAGACUUUAGUUCGACUAAGUCUAGUGAGAAUACUACCAGUCAGAGUACCCCACUGGUCACCAGUAUUACCUCUACAGUCAGCUGUUCUACAGCUUCUGGAACUCCAGCAAAUGCAACAACUGUGACCUCUACAGUGGGCGAUGUAGAAGUACCACAGACAAAAGUGCAACCCGCCAGUGCCCCCCCUCCAGCUCGUCAUACAGAAGCUGAUAGUUCAGCAGUCCAAACAAACACUAGCACUGGUUUAACCCAUACUAUUGACCUCGAACAAAAUGAAUCAGCGGUUGGUCUUUUGUCUUCUCAGAGUAGUACACUGGACGGUGGUAAUACGUCAUCCUUAACGUCCAUUAUUAGUAAUUAUAUUGCACUUAUUUCUCCAAGUAAUUCAACAGUCAGCAGCUGCUCUGCCGGCUCCAAACCAACACAAUCAAGUCCUAAUUUAGUCGAGAACAAAACGAGUCUUACCGGUGGCAGCUCUGCGGAUAAAAAUAUUGCCGUCACUUGUGUUGAUUCUUCGCUCGUCCAGCAAAAAAAUGUACCUGUGGUGUCCAGCGCUGAACCAACGAGAGGAGAAGCAGCCUCCGUCUCGCAGAAGGUUCCCCAAAUCCAAACCCAAUCUGCCAAAGCGGAGAGCUGUAAAUCGCUAGAUCGUUCACAGGUUCAGAUACCGUUUACUUUGCCCUCAACACCAGUUACCUCAGACUCAGUAUCCCGAGGGCUUUCUCAGGUUCUUCUUAAAGAGCCGGUUGUUAGUACGUCUAUCUCGUCCACUAGUCACGUUAAUUCUGUAGGAACGAAAACUACAGAGGCUAAUAAGAACAAAAAAAAUGUCCAUGGCGAACAUUUAAGUGCCAACCCAGAGCACGUAACCGUGGCAAAUUCUUUUAUGCAUAAAGAAGCCGUUCUUUCGCAGGACGCAUCAGCACUGGAAAGUGAGUCUUUCGAUCCGUCACUAGGUUCGAACAGACAGACUGAUUCACCAAUGGGAGGCGCGACGGGUAACAAAAGGUUUUCAGUUGCAUCAUUACUUCCGCCGGGUCAUAAUACCUCUGCUCCGGCGAGCACGUUCGGCUCUUUCAGUUUCACCUCGGAGCAGACGGAAAUCCUUGCCAUGGCUGCUAGAGCCAUAUUCGAGCAAGACAGUCCGGGACAAAGAAGUGGGAGCUGCAGCGUAGCCGCUUCGAGUACGACUACCACCGGAUGGGAGCACCCAAAAACGCAGCAAGCCCCCGUCGUUAAAGAAAGGGUCACAAGUCAACAGAUGCCAAAGCAAGUAAAGCAAGAUUUACAUUUGUCAAAGACUUCCCAUAUCGAGGUUGCGGCAAACAGUGUGAGGCUUCCGCCAAGCACGGCUUAUUCACAAUCACAACCGGCUACUCUCACUAGUCUUAAUGUCACUAAUCUCAUCAGGCCGAGCUCUGUCCAGCCUUACGCAGGGUCUCCGAAUCUUAGUCAGCAAGUAUCUGUGUCCUCACCAGCCGUAGGAACUGUUCUAAUAUCUCAAACGUCAUCUCAGGUUACCCAAAGCUGCUCUGGCCCUGUGCAAGUUAAUGAGUACACGCCACUGAAAACGGCUCUCAUGAGAAGUCAGAUUGGUGUCGCGAUGGCCGAGCGACAUCAGAAGGAUCUACCGAAGCGCUCCGCCCAAGACGAUCUAGUUCUUCCUAUCAACAAGCGCUCCAAGCCAUGCCCGGGUAGUACUGUUACUCGGGCAGAUGUUACUAAGGCAGCAGAACAUGUCCAAGUCAUGUCUGGACAAAUGGCAUCAAGUUCCUCAUCAGUUAUGACGAGGAAUCCCUCAGACGGUGGAGGGCCCAUGUUUUCUGGAAACAACUUUAUGAGCACCGUGCUGCGCCCGUUGGACGGACACUGCCCCGUACAGCUGGCACCGCAUGAGCAAAACCAGCCUAGCGUGCUCCAGCUUCAGCAGGGCCACGCGCAACACAACACCCCGCAGCCUGGACCAAACCUGGGAGGAAACCAUUACCUCAAACAUCAGCAGCAACAGGAGCAACAGAGACACCUCUAUCAACUCCAGCAUCAUCUCACCCAACCGGACACUCAGAUCCACAACAUUCAACAGAGGGUCCUGCUGCAGGAUCAGAACGUCCACAAAAAAAGAGUAGUGAGAGGUGGGCAGACUGGACCCCCUGUUGGUUUGCAGAAGAAUAGUGUGCAGCAUCAAUCGCACCAACAGCAUGCUCAGCAGCAUCAACAGUCUCAACAGCACCAACAGCAAGCUCAACAGCAUCAACAGCAACAGUCCCAGCAGCACCAACAACAGACCCAACAACACCAACAACAGUCCCAACAGCACCAACAGCAAGCUCAGCAGCACCAACAGCAACAGUCCCAGCAGCACCAACAGCAACAGUCCCAGCAGCACCCACCACAUCAGCAGCAACCUCAGCAACACCAACAACAAAAACCGCAGCAACUUCAACAGCAGCAACAGAUACAACAGAGUUCACAUCCAAGGCAUCAGCAGCUUCAGCAGCAGCUCCAGCAGCAGCAACACUUCAGUAGACAAGAAAAGAAUUGUGAAGGCCAACAGGGACCCAGGGCUCACCAGAGCAACCACUUGGGUCAGCAGGAUCGACAGCCUGGGCAGGAUCACGGAGCCAUGCAAAGACUAAUCAGUUCUCGCACUUUAGAGCAGCACUUGACUUCGCAGGCUAGCAAUCCUGUUUCCCGUUCCUCGGACCACGCCUGUACUCCAUCACGACAGGAGCGCCAUCGGCUUUCUAGUUACUCCGCUGAGGCGCUCAUCGGCAAGACUUCAAGCGCUGCUGACCAGCGUCUCGGACUUCAUCUUCAGACCUCCCGUGGUAAUCCGCAGGAUCCGUCCGAGCUGCAAGGUUAUGUCGACUCCUCGCAUGGUAAAACAAAUAUAGGACAUAAUCAACAAAGUAGACCACCCCAGGAUCACCCAGGAUCUGCAGACCUUCAGCGCCUAUCAGAGUGUCUGCCUUUCAAAACCAUCAGUAAUGGGCCUCAGCAUAACAACUUUGAAGUGCAAGCGUCUCGCAACGGUGACAUGAACAGCAAAUCUCUGCCGACAGCUCAGAGGGGUCCUCAGUCACAAACCAGCUUUAGGAUCGGGGCCGGACCGUCCGGUGAUGGACGUGCACGCGGUACAUAUGGAGCGCAUUCUUCAGCACAAGGGCUACAAGGUGCAUCCGGACUGCCACGUGAGCAAGACUCCUGUCACCAGAGCUUUAUGCAAAGCCUUUUGGCUCCACACCUUCCCGAGCAAGCCGGACACCAGAGAGGCACACAAGGCUGUCCGCCGGCGAGUAUCGAGUAUAGCUGCGUUCCUGGAGUUUCCUCCGGGGAGCUUCAGGUUAAAGUCUCAAGCCCUAACCUGCACCCCUCACAGACGGCUCCUCAAAUGCAUCUCGGGGACAACAGUAAAGGCCACAUUUCCCAAGGUGGUGGGAAUUUGCAUGGUUCAUCUCUGAGAUCAGUUCUACCCCAUCCACCUUCGACACCCCACAGUAGCUCGGACACAGGUCGAGCUCAAGGCACCUCCAGGUCGCUCUCAGCUGUAAGUCAGAGAGUCCACCAUAUCGGACCAGAAUCACAAAGCACGAAAAAUCGGCCUGGAGAUCGACCGAGGUCCGGGAACCUGAGACCCGUGAACACGUUCGAACCUGAAAAUCCGUUGCCGCUCACAUCGAGUGGUGGUGUACUGCUUGGCCGCCCUCAGACAGGCAGUGAACCUCGUCGCCGAGGCAUCGUGAGGUUUAUGCCAGACGGUGCACAGGUCGGCGCAGACAACAACUUGGUGUCAGAUCAGCAUCUCACCCAGAAUUUUGGGUUCCCCUUCAUCGCCGAGGGAGGUAUGAACCAUCCACCGUCCAUCAAUGCGAAUGCAUCUUUUAUUCCCCCAGUCACCCAAUCAAAUGCCUCACGCACCCCCGCUCUUCUUCCUGUUGAGCCUCAGAACACACUUCCAUCGUUCUACCCCUCGUAUUCGCCCGCCGCUCAUCCCAGCCUUUCCAGCGAGAUUCCUUUGCAGUACUUCUCAAACCAGAUGUUCACAAGUCCGAGUGCCGACAAGAGCAGCACGACCCCGUUAAACAAUCGCUUCGGCUCGAUCCUCUCUCCCCCGCGUCCCGUCGGCUUCGCACAAGCGAGCUAUCCUCUGCUCCCGGACAUGACCCCCAUGCCCAUCGCCAACUCUUCCAGCAUUACUCCACAUCUAUCAAACUUCAACCUGACUUCUCUUUUCCCCGAAAUAGCCACAGUGAUGCCCCCCGACGGCUCCUCCAUGCCAAUGUCCCCCUUACUGUCGCUUGCCAGUACGACGUCUUCAGACUCCAACAAGCAGUCGAAUCGCCCAGCUCACAAUAUCAGUCACAUUCUUGGGCAUGAUGGUACAUCUGCUGUUUAGCACCACAGUUCUGUCUUUUUAAUCAAGUUACCCUACUGGUCUGAGUACUGUGUAUAAAAUAUAAAUCUGGACCUGAUCUGAUGAAAAUCAGUAAAUUAAGUAUUAAAACUUGAAAUAUUUUACUUAAAAAUCAAUUUUAAUACCUGUUUUCAGUAUAAGAUCAUAUCUGGCCCCUAAAUUAAAUGUGGUUUGAUAGAAAUUCAACCUUAAAUUCAACCAAAUUCUUGAAUUCAUGCCAUUUGAUCCAGUCCAACUUCGUGUUUCUUAUUAUGAUCAGUAACACCCGAGGUGUUAAAUAUCUAAACAUAAAACAGUAAGAACCAUUUUUUUGUGACAAACCACAGGCCUGAUAUUUCUAUAUGUAUGACUGAUGGACUGAAACGUCCAAGUUUUUUACCAUCUCUUACAGAGACUGUUUUUAUUAAUUAGUAAAACAUGAACGAGUUACAAUAUUUUUACCUAUUUAUGA